UCACCGGCACCGGCCCAUUCCAUCCGAUCGCUCGCUCGCUCGCUAGCAGCUGGCUCAGGAGUCCCAUGGAAGCAACCGCCCCGCCCUCUUAACGCCACAUUGAAUCCCAAUCAACGCCAGCGUCCGUCCCAUCCUCCAGUCCUCCUCGCCAUAGCCAAUCCCGCAAAGCUUCCUACGCUCGUACGUGCAGAGCCAGUGUGACGUCGACCUCCUUCCACCCGGCUGGGCUAGGCUACCGGCAAGCUAGCUACCUUGCCCUCGGCUCAUGACUCCCCAGGCCUGCGCGCGGCGGCCAUGAGACGACCCGGCGGCGCCGCCCCCGUCGUCGUCCUCCUCCUCUGGCUCGCCGCGCUCACCUUCGCCUUCCACGGCUGCGGCGGCGGCGGCCUCGUCAGGUUCGGAAGCUCGGUGGUGGCCGUCGAGCGGGAUCGUCGUCCGGCCUCUCUUCCCAGGAAGAUGCUUCUCGCCGUGGAGAGCCGGAGCCUCGACCCCUCGUCGGCCGCCGGUCCACCACAGCCACAAGAUCAACAACGGCACCAUCAUCAUCACCAUCGUGGUGGUCGCCACCAUCGUCAACGGCACCACCGCCUCCCAAGCAAAUGGAACUGGCAGAGAGUCCCACCGUCCGCCGCUCCCGGGGACGGCAACGAGAUCGACCCGCGGUACGGCGUGGAGAAGCGGCUCGUCCCGACAGGGCCAAACCCGUUGCAUCACUGAGGGCAGCCGGGCGGGCUUCCAUGGGCGAUUUUUCAUGUACCUAUCCUCAUCAGAAGCUGCAAAAGCUUGCAAGGGAGAGGGAGAAGAAGAACCGAAAUUUUACUAGCUGUGGUACAUAUGAAUUAUUAUUAUUAUGUUGUUGAGUGUGAAAUCUUCCUCUUUUCCGUUUCUAGUUUGUCCAUUCUUUGAUUUUCUCUGCUACAUGAUCAAAAUCUUGGCAUGAAUAAGACGAGUGCUGCAGGUGA